GUACAACACUGACCAAGGAGCGAUGGACCAGCAAUUCUGCUUACGCUGGAACAAUCAUCCCACAAAUCUGACCGGCGUCCUCACAUCCCUGCUGCAACGUGAGGCGCUCUGCGAUGUCACGCUCGCCUGCGAGGGCGAAACAGUCAAGGCCCAUCAGACCAUACUGUCCGCCUGCAGUCCAUAUUUCGAGACGAUCUUCCUACAGAAUCAACAUCCACAUCCCAUCAUAUACUUGAAAGAUGUCAGAUACUCAGAGAUGCGUUCGCUGCUCGACUUCAUGUACAAGGGCGAGGUCAAUGUGGGCCAGAGCUCGCUGCCCAUGUUUCUCAAGACGGCCGAGAGCCUGCAGGUGCGCGGUCUCACAGAUAACAACAAUCUGAACUAUCGGAGUGACUGCGACAAGCUGCGCGACUCGGCCGCCAGCUCCCCCACCGGCCGCGGACCCUCCUCCAGCUAUGGCGGCGGCGGCGGCCUUGGGCUGGGCGACGGGGUGCGAGACUCACGCGACUCCCUGCGCUCCCGCUGCGAACGCGACCUGCGCGACGAGCUGACGCAGCGCAGCAGCAGCGUUAAUGCUGCCGCCGCGGCCCUGGGCCUGACGACGCCCAGCGCCGGCGAACGAUCUCCCAGCGUGGGCAGCGCCAGUGCGGCAGCGGCGGCCGCUGUGGCGGCUGCUGUGGCAGCCGCUGCUGCCAAUCGCAGUGCCAGCGCCGAUGCGCUCAACAGUCGCGGCGAUGCAUGCAGCGAUCGUGGCAGCGAGCGGGGCACACUCGAGCGGGCCGACAGUCGCGAUGAGUUGCUGCAGCUCGAUUAUAGCACCAAGGACAACAACAACAGCAACAUUAGCAACACCAGCAACAACAACAACAACAACAGCAGCAGCAACAACAACAAUCGAGAGCGAGAAAGGGAACGGGAGCGGGAGCGGGAACGAGAGCGGGACAGCAGCAGGGACCGCGAGCGGGAGCUCUCCACCACGCCGGUGGACCAGCUGAGUAGUAGUAAGCGCAGACGUAAGAACUCAUCAUCCAACUGUGAUAACUCGCUGUCCUCGAGCCACCAUGCGAACGCUGCCCACGCACAGGACAGGCACUACCCGCAGGACUCUCAGGGCAACUUCAAGUCGAGCCCCGUGCCCAAGACAGGAGGCAGCACAUCGGAGUCGGAGGAUGCGGGCGGACGUCACGAUUCACCGCUCUCAAUGACCACCGGCGGACAUUUGGGCGGCGGUGGUGGCAAUGUGGGCGCGGCCAGUGCCCUGAGCGGCCUCAGUCAGUCGCUGAGCAUCAAGCAGGAGCUGAUGGACGCCCAACAGCAGCAGCAGCAGCAUCGCGAGCAUCAUGUGGCACUGCCGCCCGACUACUUGCCGAGCGGUGCUCUGAAGCUGCACGCGGAGGAUAUGUCAACGUUGCUGUCGCAGCACGCCAUGCAGGCAGCGGAUGCGCGCGAGGAUCACAACGAUGCCAAACAGAUGCAGCUCGAUCAGACGGACAACAUUGACGGUCGCGUUAAGUGUUUUAACAAUCCGCGAUCACAGCUCGAACAUGAACAGCAGCAGCAGCAGGAGGAGGAGCAGCCUGUCGACGAGUUGGAUGUUGAUCGGGACAUGGACAUUGAAGAGGAGCACGAACAGCUCGAAACGGAGGAUGCAGCAGCAGCGGCAGCAGCUGCCUAUCAUGCCACGCCGCCAAAGUACCGACGAGCCGUGGUCUAUGCGCCGCCACCGCCAGACGAAGAAGGACCCUGCUCUGGGUCUGGUUCUGGUUCCGGCUCAGAGAUCUAUGUGGACAGCAACUACAACAAUUGCGAGUACAAGUGCAAGGAGCUGAACAUGCGCGCCAUACGCUGCAACCGCCAGCAGCAUCACCUGGCGGCCCACUACGCCCAUCCCCAUGCCCAUGCCCAAGCGCAUCCGUCGCUGCAUCGCUCGCUGGUGGACUGUCCCGCAGAGGCGGCCUACUCGCCGCCCGCCACCAGCAGCAGCAGCCACAGCAGCGGCUACCGCGAUCAGGGAGGCUACGGCACGAGCAAUGGAACCGGACAGCAGCAGUUGGACUUGUCCAGUCACGGCUACCAUGGACACCAUGGACAUCAUCCGCCAGCGCUGCCGCUGCCGCCGCCGCCCAGCCACACCCAGGCCUCGCCGCACUAUCAGCCAGCCACAUCCGCAUCGUCCUCCGUGUCUGUGACCGCAUCAGCACCGGCCUCAGUCUCCGGCCCACUGUCGCCACAGCCCAGCUCCAGCUCGAGCGGAUCGAGCUCCUCGGCAGCAGCAGCCGCAGCCGCUGCCGCAGCGGCCAAUCGGAGGGAUCACAACAUCGACUACUCCACGCUGUUUGUGCAGCUGUCGGGGACACUGCCCACGCUGUAUCGGUGCGUGAGUUGCAACAAGAUCGUGUCGAAUCGGUGGCAUCACGCGAACAUCCAUCGGCCCCAGAGCCACGAGUGCCCCGUCUGUGGGCAGAAGUUUACGCGCAGGGACAACAUGAAGGCGCACUGCAAGAUCAAGCAUGCGGACAUUAAGGAUCGUUUCUUCAGCCACUAUGUACAUAUGUGAUCACUUCUCUAGGCCCCCAGUCUCAAGCUCUAAAUCGAAUUCUAAAUCGAAAUCUAUCCUUCACCCCUCUCUCUCUCUCUCAUUAGAUAAAUCUUAACGGCGGAAGCAGAAGAGUGAAACAAAUCAAAAAAUGGUUUUCAGAACUAUCCAAAUAAUCAAAUCAAGAAACGAAUACGUAAUCUAUGAAUAUAAAUAUAGCUCUAGAGUCCACAGAGUCCAGAGUGAGGAUUGUACAUCUUAUUAAUCUAAACGCUAAUCGUAGUUGAUUUCAAGACUUUGAACUACUUAUUGUUAAAUCGUAUGAACCUUUAGACGCUUUUUUAGAUCAUUAAACAAAAACAAACAAACAAAAAAAGAUAGAAACCAAAAACGAUAAAAGAUAAAAGAUAUUACGAUAUCGGAAUAUCAAGUUCAUGUAUACCGAGACCAGUACUCAAUGGAGGGAAACUUUGACAAGUAUUAUAUGUAGAAUUCCAAUCGAUUUCCAAGUCAGUUAUUAUUUUAGCUCUUUAGUUCGACUCUCUAACAUGUGCUGUAGUGAAUGUUGACUAAUGUUUUGUUCGUGUCAUUUUGUGCCAUAUUUAGCUAAUCUUUCUUCUAGUCCAUAGGCCUUAACGUCCAA